CUUUCACACAUGUAAACACGUUUUCGUCGCUAUAUUGCUUUUUUAUUGAAUGUCGUUUUUUAAUACACAGAGAAGUAAAUAUGAAGGUAAAAGUACUUUGUAGAAACCCGGACGAGUAUGUUCGUGAAACUACUAGAGAUAUUCAACGCGUUCCCAGGAACUAUGAUCCUCAUCUCCACCCGUUUGAAGUGCCGAGAGAGUACACCAGAGCUUUGAAUGCCACUAAGCUUGACCGCAUAUUUGCUAAACCCUUCGUAGCAUCUAUGGAUGGGCACAGAGAUGGCAUCAACUGCAUUGCCAAACAUGCCAAGAGUUUGUCCACCGUGAUAUCUGGAGCUUGUGAUGGAGAGGUGAAACUUUGGAACCUGAGCAAGCGGGAGUGUCUCCGCAGCAUUCCUGCUCAUGAAGGCUUUGUCAGGGGGAUAUGCUCUCGAUUUUGUGGAACGUCAUUUUUCACGGUAGGAGAUGAUAAAACCAUAAAGCAGUGGAACAUGGAGCCUCCUGGUUACGGUGUGAGGGAAGAACCAUUAAACACUAUACUUGGAAAGGCUGUAUACACAGGUAUUGACCACCACCAGAGUGAAGCUACGUUUGCUACAUGUGGCCAGACGGUGGACAUCUGGGAUGAGCAGAGGACCAGCCCCAUUCGCUCUUUCAGCUGGGGUGUGGACAGCUUCAGUUGUGUUCGCUAUAAUCCUGUGGAGACUGAACUCCUCGCCAGUUGUGCCUCAGACAGAAGUAUUGUACUGUACGACAUAAGAGAGUCCGCUCCACUAAAAAAGGUCAUUUUGAAACUGAAAAGUAACACACUUUGCUGGAACCCCAUGGAGGCGUAUUAUUUCACCUGCUCUAAUGAGGACUACAAUCUGUACACGUUUGACAUGAGGCAUCUAGACAAGCCCCUGACUGUGCACAUGGACCAUGUCUCAGCCGUGCUGGAUGUGGACUACUCGCCCACAGGAAAAGAGUUUGUUUCAGCCAGUUUUGACAAGACAGUCCGCAUCUUCCCCAAAGACAAGGGCCACAGCAGAGAGGUGUACCACACAAAGCGCAUGCAGCAUGUCAUCUGUGUGAGAUGGUCAGCAGACAACAAGUACAUCCUCAGCGGUUCGGACGAAAUGAACAUCCGUAUCUGGAAGGCCAAUGCUUCAGAAAAACUGGGAGUGGUCACAUCCAGAGAGAGGGCAGCCAUGCACUACAACCAGAAACUAAAGGAGAAGUUCCAGCACCACCCGCAAGUAAAGCGCAUCGCUCGCCAUCGCCACCUUCCAAGAGACAUCUUCAAACAGAAACGAGAGCUGAAGGAGAUGAAGGAGGCAAGACGCAGGAAGGAACAAAACGUGCGCAAACACAGCAAGCCGGACACCGUUCCCUUGGUGACCGAGAAAGAGAAACAUGUGGUGACUGUAGUGGAAUAACACGUCACUGUAUGGAGGAGCUUCAAUCUCAUAUACAUACCAACAUGAAUAAGACUUUCUACUCUGAGCAGCUACUGGGUUGCAAUUCCAGGAUUUUUGUGUACUUCUUGGUGAACUGUUCGAAGCUUAGCCCUGGCUGUCAUAGAGGCUAUUUAUGGGUCGCUUAAAAGUUUAUAACUAAUGGUUAUUUACACUUUUACAUUUUCUGCUGUUAACAACAUUUAGCUCAGACUCAUAUGUAACAUAUUUAAUAUUUGUGUUUAGCCAGGUGUUUUUCUAAAUCAUGACCUGGUAUGACUAAAGAAAUAAAAUCUAAUCUUUGCUAAAA